CGUUUGAAGGCAUGUUAAAGAAUAAAUAAUAUGAAAAGAAAAAAGUAUGCUCUUUCGCGGGCUUCAUUGCCUAACCGUCCCCUUUCAGUCUUCUCGCGCAAUGGUCUGUGAUGUACUAUGUACGUUUUCCAACGAGCUGACAGCGUGAGUUUUGAGAAGCGGUUUGGUGUAGUGCCGUGUGUGAGUCGGUGUUGAGCAGAAGGUGAGGUCGGUCUUGCUCAGGGAUUGCUCGUAGUUCCAGCCGGCGAACCUCAUCACGGAAGGAAGCUUGGGGGACGGAAAUCAAAGGGAUCGACGUGACCGGAGGUGCCGGAGGUUUCUACGUAUGAAAUGCGAUAUACGCCCGCGCCUGAGGGCUUUAGACAGUUUAUACAAGUCGUUGUGGACGGUGGCGGGAACGAUUAGUGGCAACCCGACAAUUUGGUGCGGGCCCAGCAAUCUGGUAGAACGAGUAGCCCCUUCCGUGCCAACGAGUAGCAGUUCCAUUACUCGUUGCCUUCCAACAAGUUCCCCAUUUCACCAACAUUUCCACCAGCAUUUCGACAUUUCGACAUGGACGACCGUAGAAACCUCCUUCUCCUAUAUCACCAUCAUCUCAGGCAUCGCCAGACUGCUCUCCACGACCCUCCCCACCACCGUUUGCGCUGGGAAACCAUGGAUGAGGAGCAGUUUUGACGUUUUUUCCGCUUCCACCGUUCAGAAUUCCUCAUGCUGGUUGAGGCCCUGCUGCUUGUAUUACUGUUAUGAUCUCGACGACGGGGGCGGAAGCGAAGUAGAGAAGACAGGGCGAGUGUGAUAGGCGACAAGAGAUUGUAUUGGCGAAACAAGAAACAAGGGCUAGAACAGG